UAAUUUCUUGGAAGAGCUGCACCCCUUCGUUAGUUCAUUGUUGCAUGCGCUGUGGAAUCUCGUCAGGUAAAAUGCAGACACUACUCGCGGUAGUUUUGCUUUUCUGCCACUGCCAAACUGCGCAUGGAGUGUGGAAAAGAACUAUCUAUGUAUCAGCUUUAAACGGGAGUAUGGCAGCCGACUGUGGUACAAGUAUCAAGCCGUGUAAGUCGCUCGACUUCGCAUUUCGUCAAGUAGAACAAGGCGGAAGUAACUCCACACGCUUGGUUCUCGAAUCUGGCUCUUACAAUCUAACGUCCAGUGUUAGCUUUCUUCGAGUUAACAAAUUUGCACUAUCUGGAGAUGGAGAUGUGACAAUCAACUGUCCAAGAUCAAACACAAGUUUAUCAUUCUUCGUUGCCGAGGAUAUUAUCUUACAAGGGUUUACUCUAACUAACUGUGGGGACUGGCACGCUAGCAGUGUGUCCAAGAAGGACUGGAUUGUUGACAACCCUAAAUUUAUGACUGCAGUCUUCAUUCUUUACUGCAAAAACCUUUUAGUUAAAGAGGUGGAAAUCAAAAGCACUCCGGGAGUUGGUUUUACUGGGUACUCUAUUGCCGGAAAUGUUGGGUUUAUUAAUGUCAAUUUUACACAAAAUGUUCCUUUGCAACAAGAUAAUAGCAGCACCUCACCAAUUAGUCCAACAGGGGAAUAUGCGAAGUCUGGAGGGGGACUUUUCCUACUUAUUGGAAAAGCUAAUUAUAGCACUUUCAAGAUAAGCACAGAUGAAGUCCAGAAAUUUGUCAAAGGAAACAGUCUAUACACAAUAAGAGACUGUACCUUUUUAAGCAAUGAAGCCCCUUUGCCUGAUUUUGAAGUGAAUGACGUCCCAUCCAUCCCCUUCAGCCGAGGUGGAGGCCUGGCAAUAUUUGCAACAGGGACAUCUGGGAAUAACUCUGUUCUUGUAGAUUCAUGUUUGUUCACAGGAAAUAAAGCAGUAUGGGGUGGUGGAAUGCUUGUGGAAUUUCAAAAACAAUGCCAAAACAACACAGUCAAAAUAUCCAAUAGCAUCUUUGAGAAAAAUAUGGCACUGACUGCAGGUGGUGCUUUGAGGAUGAGCACUAUUGUAGAGGAAAAUCCAAACUUGGUUCCUAACCAAUACUACAUUGUUGACAGCGAGAUUAUUGAGAACAAUGCUACAUGGGGUGGUGGACUGGUGAUGUUUGGAUCCACCUAUCUUCAAAAUGGUGAUAAAGAUGGUAUAGUCCUUAUAAAGGGUUCUAUUCUUGCUAGGAAUCGUGGAACUGUAGGGGCCGCUAUUGGUGCCUUCCUGGCAAACCUUAAUGAGGAUGAAAUUGGCCCUGCUGUCCCUUACAAACUGAUUCUGGAUAAUUGUACUAUAGCAAACAACUUAGUUGUUAUGCUGAAGAACAAUGUCCUUGUUGGUCAGGGGACAAUAUAUGUAGAUGAAGUCCCUCUCCAACUAAAAAAUAAAGUGUUCAUUAAUAACAAUACUGGAACAGCAGUUUUACUUGAUGCCUCUACCCUGGAGGUCUCUGGUCAUGUUGAAUUUGUCCAAAAUGUGGGUUAUCGUGGAGGAGCCUUAGCAUUGUACUCUACUGCCAAAGUUGAAUUCAAAAGUGGCUCAAGUAUUUUGUUCCUUGAAAACAGAUGUGAGGAGAAGGGAGGGGCAUUGUUUGUUUCCAGCCAGGGACCACCUUUUGUUAGCUUUAAUGCUACAGGAUUUAAAACACACAAGUGCUUUUUCACUUAUGAAGAUGAGGAAAUUGACUAUGAUGACUGGAAUGUUAACAUAACAUUUCAAGGCAACGGUUUUACUGUCAAAGACACUAAUCCCUUAGGAAAGGCAGUGUUUGCAUCAUCAUUGAGAGACUGUCGGCGCACUGGAGAAUUAAGGGCUAACAACAGUGCAUUAGAGUGGAAUAUUAUAAGGUAUUUGGAUAAGUAUGGCCAGAGAAUUGAAAUAAAGGAUGAAGUAGCUACAGAACCAAUUGACAUAGUUUACAACAGGAAUGACUGGAUUGUUGCACCCUCACAAUUCUUUAAUGCAACUGUGAAGUUGAUUGAUGAGAAAAUGAAUCAGGUCUAUGGAAUUGUUCAUAUCGAUGUCAUAGGAGAUACAGAUCCAGAGGUUAAGCUUAAAACUGGCUCCUCUUUGUUUUUAUCUCAUGAUAUGGUGGAAAAUCUCAGGAUAACAGGAUAUGUUGGAAGCAGUUUUUCAGUUGAGCUCAGGACAGUGAGUGGAACACUAGUAUUUAAGACUAUUAAAGGGCUGAUGCUGCAAAAAUGUUUCCCAGGAUUCAAGCAAAAAGGUUUCAAUUGUGUAUGCUCCAAUUCAGAAAAUGAUGGCAUACAUAAUUGCAGUGAUGAUGGAAAAGAGGUUUUCAUCAAGAAAGGGUACUGGGCUGGAAUGGUAGGAAAAACAUUCACGACCCACUUAUGCCCCGAGAAUUAUUGCACAGAAGGGUAUAAAUCUUAUGGGACUGAGGAAAUAGCCUACCUCUAUAAUACCAGUACAAUGUGCAAAGGAUAUCGAAAUAUCAGCAGCUUGUUGUGUGGUAAAUGUAAAACUGGUUAUACUGUUCUGAUUGGAGGUGAACAUUGUUCGGAUUCAUGUAGUGAUUUAUAUCUGCUGACCCUUAUUCCCUAUGCGAUUGUACUGUUUUUGAUUGUUAUGGCAAUCAUGGCUAUCAACCUGGAUUUCUUUACUGGAUACCUGAAUGCCUGGUUGUACUCAUAUCAAGUACUGACACUUCUGCUCAAUGAAGGCUUCUCCCUUGAUUCAUUUAUGCAGUUUAUAAUUGGACUUGCUAACACACAGCUUAAAUUUCAGCAAGAAGGGACAUGUCUAUUGAAAGGAAUUGAUGAUGCUGAUAAACUGGUCAUCAUGUACUUGUUACCCACCUGGGUGCUGGUCAGUGUUGUCAUUUUAUCCAAAUGUGUGCAAAAAAAGCCUGAUUGCUGUUACAGUAAGCAUGUGAAGGCCCCAUUCAGAGCUUUUUGUACCUUGUUUGUACUGUGCUAUACCAACAUCACAAGCAUUUCUCUCAAAAUCCUAUUCCCUGCAAGAAUUGGAAACAGAACUGUUCUGUACCAAGAUGGAGAGGUUGAAUUCUUCCAGGGCAAGCAUAUUGCAUAUUCCCUUAUUGCUAUCUUCUUCCUAGCUGUUGUGGUCAUCCCAUUUCCAUUGACACUGAUGUUCACUCCUUUCUUCACAAAGUGCUGCCGACCCUUUUUCAACCUCAACCAAGUAAAGCCUAUCUAUGAUUCCUACCAGGGAUGCUUCAAGGAUGAAUACCGCUGGUGUUCUGCCUUCUAUUUUGUCUGUAGACUUUUUCUGCUAUCAAUUGCCACCUAUGUCCAGCCAGGGCCUACCAAAAGCCUUAUCCUGCAAGCGUCGUGCAUGAUAAUUUUGGUUGUGUUUGUCUAUCUGAAGCCAUAUAAGGAGGAAAACAAGUGGAUAAAUAAGCUUGAUGCUACUCUCCUUACCAACCUAAGCCUCAUCACUAUCUUGAGCUCAGCCCUUACCCAGGUUAACAAAGAUCAAUCAGAAAUCUAUGUGACCAUCAUCAAAGUGCUAGCCUAUGUACCCCUUGUUUAUCUGGUGUACAUUGCUAUUUAUGUGGGAUAUCAUCGCAAGGAUAAAAUUCGUGCAAUUUUGAGAGUAAGACUGCAAAGAAGAAGAUCACUUGAGAACUUUAGUGAGACUGACGCUACAAUUGGGAGGGAUAAUAUUGAAGGCCAUAUGUCAGAGUAUGCUUCACAAGUGAUGGGUGAUUGCAAAGAAUCUAAAGUAGCUUAGUUUGUCUUUAUGAGUACACAUAAUUGUACAUUUUUAAACAGAUGAUAAACUAGUGUUAUUACUGUGUGUAACCUGCCAAGAAGCCAGUGAACAUAGAGACAAGGGGACAUAGAAACAAUUUAUCAGUGUCAUACCUACAAUUUUUAACGAUUUUGUAGUUUUCAGUAAAACAAAGAAAAGGAAUAUAUUUUUUUAAAGAUGUUGUACUUAUUUUCCUUGUGCUAAAAAAUAGUCCCAUUAAACUAAGAAUAGCUAAUAACCAAUCUUUCAAAAUCAAAUAAUUUUUAUAGGGAUUUUCUAUACAUAGAUGAGGUUAUAAGGCAUGUAUCAGUAGCGGAUCUAGGGGGAGGGUUUAGGGGGUUUAACCCCCCCCCCCCUUUUGGGCUGUUAGAAAGCCAUAUGUAACCAUAUAAAUUACACUCUCCCCCCUUUGUUACUGAGCCAAACCCCCCCUUUAGCAAAAAGCUAGAUCCGCCCCUAUGCUUACUCACAAUAUAUAGUCUCCUGCAUAUAGUCGAUCACGCAACGCUCUCAGAAAGAACAGCUGCGCGUGAGAAUACACAAUAUAGGGUUACCUAUGUACAUUACAUAGCUCUCUUAAUGAAAAUACAUGAUUGUAACUAAAUUGCUGUUAAAUUGCUGUUUUGACUUAAAUGUAUUUUUUUUAAUAAAAUAUGUAUACAUUCUGAAUAAAAUGGAAACAAACUGA